GAUCAAAUCUUUUGUUGUUUCUGCUGCUGGUGUUGCUGCACACUGUUUUUUUUUCUUGUAUUUUAAUUGUGGACAUGGCACAGCACCCGGAGAAACUGAAAUGGAAAGAGCAACACCCCUACGGCCUGUCUGCGUCGCAGUUUGGCAUGGUGCUGGGCUUUUGCGGGCGCGUCUCGGACUACGUGCAUUAUCUGCGGCACGUGGUGGGAACUGAAAACGAGUUUAAAGGGAAUACGUGUACAGCGCACGGCAUCGUCACUGAGCCGAAGUCACGUGCGCUGUAUGAGCUGCUUACCGGGUGCGAGGUGCACAAUGGCGGCUUCUUUGUCACGGCGGAUCGCAUUCUCGGCUGCUCGCCAGAUGGCCAGAUCUUUUAUGCGGCGGAGGACAAAUCGAUGGAGCAACGGGGAACGAGAACGGCGACUGCCACGACGAGUAGAGGCGCACGGUCGAGUACACUGUUGAGCAGCACGGAUGUGUCUUGCCUGGACGGGCAGCAGCAAGAGCGGCAGCGGAGCAGCGUGUGUUCUGUUCGCGUCCCAUUCAAGAGUAAGAGACGCGCCCGAUCUCCUUUCUCGAUGGCAGCGUUGCCUUCAUCGUCACCUUCAUCGUCUCGUGAUGGAGGGUCUUCGUCUGAGCUGCCGAGUCGAACUGCUGCCGGCGGUUUAACUUCCCCGUUGGCAGCGAUGCAGAUGUCGUCGCCGAAGGUCGAGUCACCGCCUGUGCUUUCCGCGACGAUGGACUCCGCAACAUCAUCGUCAUCCUCCGCUUCUCCCCUCAGCUCCCCCGCUCUGAACAGGAAAGUGCGCCUACUCGAAAUUAAGUCCCCUUUCCGCGCCUUGUACGACAACACAAAACCCAGCUAUGCACCGUUUGGCAUUCCGCUGCACUACAUGUGUCAAAUACAAGGCCAGCUGGCCAUCGCAGACUGCGAGGAGUGCGACUUCUUUGUUUAUUUAGAUCACCCGGUGUGCCAGGUGGAGGCGUGGCGCGUGCACCGGUCGCGUGAGUUCUGGCGGUGGGCCGAGCCGAACCUGCGACAGGUGUCGGAGUGGGUGAAGGACGGCCCUCCAGACUGGCUCAACCGUUCCUUUGCUUUUCGCCCUUUCGACUUCAGCAGAAUUGAGGUCGUGCCGCUCGUGUUUCCCUUCGACAUCACGGCCGGAGCUGCCCUGCGCGAUGCACGACGGUUUUCCUUUUUCACCAAACACCUGUCUCCCUACGAGGCUCUGUCGCACCACCGUGAGCCCCGUGGUCGAUCGAGGGAAUUCGUUUCCAGCGGUGAGGCGCAACGGUGGUGUCGCGGCGACGGUGGCACGUCGUGGGCGGACUUGACGGAGCAUCAGCGGAUUGCCCUGGCCGUGCAAGCACCUGUUGUGCGCUACCUCUUCAACACGAAUGACAACAGGGAAGAUGAUACCUUGGACGCAGGGAGUACCGGCGAGGAUGAGAGGGCGCGGAGGACAAGUAUUUCUGAUGGCGGCCGAUUCUGCCAGACACUCUCUACCUGGCGUCGCCUUCUCGAGUCCGAAGGCCGUUACGAAAACAGUGCCACGGCGGAACUGUGGAGGUCGUUGACUUGCACCGCCUCCGCCGGGCGCGACCCUCUCGUGGAGAUCAGCGUGGCUAUUCCAGAGGACUGGGAGGAGGCACACACCUCGGUGCGUUGCACGCUGUUGCACUCGGCGGACGGGGACGGCGGCAGCGGCAGCAGUAGCGACCAGUUUUCCGACACCACACCGCUACCGUUUUUUCAGAGACGUUUUCUUAUCUCGCUUCUUCCUGCGCUGGAGAAGAAGAAGUGCGCAAAGGAGGCGCCGCCAUCGCUCGCAACGGAAGGCGUUUCUCAACGAGCUUAUGCAACGCCUCUGGCCGGUGUACCUUGCUUUCUGUCCUCGCCUGUUCGGGCUUUGCAGCCCACGCAAUUCACGCCGACGUCGCCGAAGAAAACGCUGCUGCGGAAGAAGCUGGGCGCGUGUGUACCUGCAUCGAACACCAGAGGCACUACAGCUGUGGGUGCCAACACGGCGCUCCUCGGGAACGCAACGGCUGCGACUGCCGCGGUGAGCUUCACUGAAAUGCUAACGGAAGAGCGCCAGCGCAUCGUUGCAUCGCUUUCACAGCAAAUUCGCCAAUCUCACGCAUCACAGUGCGCGACCGGCGACGGUGAUCACGACCUAAGCCCGCUUUCUGACAAGGAGAAGCUCAAGCACGAAGCGAUUCUCACGCAAGACCCGACGGCGACACUUUCCACCUCUGCUCCGCAAUGCCUCCGCUGCGAGAUCGCGGCACGCGAGUUGUGCGAUGUGGUCCAAUUUUCAGAUGACUGCGAUGGGGUGUUGUUGAUGUACGAUGCCAGACAGAGUCCGGUGUACUACCGACGGAGUGCGACAGCUGGACACCGCGGGAACACGUUCCAGGCCGAGAACGCUGUCUUCACGUUACUCGUCGCUGACGGAGAGGUACUGCGCACGGUGUUGAUGGAAUGUCGUGGAGACGCCGCACGGUUCGAGGCCUCCCUCGCACACCCGCGCGUUGUGGCGACGUGCAAGCGUCUGCUUGACCUCCCGUCCCAUUCGGACCACUGCAGGCGCAACGCUCUUGUGCCGUGCUUCAUUGACGUUGUUGAAAGCUGUAGCGCUGCUUCCAUGGCUGCAAGAUCACCUGCCAUUCUUCCAGAUGGUACGCCGUGCUUUCUGAUUCAAGACGACGCCAACGUGCACGCCGUGAUGCGGCAGGUCGAGGAGCUAAUGGAGACGUGGGAGCGCACCUCACCACCGUACUGA